CGCCUUCAGUGGGUCUUUCAAGCAACGGCAGCUCGCGCUCCCUGCGAAGCACGACCCGGGAAGCUCUGCUGCAGCACAGCUCCGAUGGGCAUCCCCGCAGCAGCAGCGGCAGCAGCAGCAGCUACUCUGGCAAACCACCCUUGUUAAAGUCACGGCCCUGGAAUAUACACGCCCCAGGCCAAAAGGAGCGGACGGAAGGCGUCCCAGUAAGUGACAGGCAGUAAGACAGAGUUCCCUACUUGCUGAAGUUCAAGGUGAAUGGCUCAAGAUUUUGACAUCAAUUCUCUGCUUAGGAUGAUUUGGAAACUUGCUUUUUCCUUGUUCCUCAUGUCUGUUCUGGUUCAACUGUCAGAAACCAGGAAGAAUCGCCCUGCAGGAGCCAUCCCCUCCCCUUACAAAGACAGCAGAAGCAACAACUCAGAGAGGCGGCAGCAUCUGAACAAAGAGGUGUUGGCCUCUAGCCAGGAGGCCCUGGUUGUCACUGAGAGAAAGUAUCUGAAAAGUGACUGGUGCAAAACGCAACCCCUACGGCAGACAGUCAGUGAGGAGGGCUGCCUCAGCCACACCAUCAUCAACCGCUUCUGCUACGGGCAAUGCAACUCCUUCUACAUCCCUCGCCAUGUGAAAAAGGAGGAGGAGUCGUUCCAGUCCUGUGCUUUCUGCAAGCCUCAGAAGGUUACGUCCUUCACAGUGGAGCUACAGUGCCCUGAACUGGACCCACCUUUCCGACUGAAGAAAAUUCAGAAAGUCAAACAAUGCCGGUGUAUGUCUGUGAACCUGAGCAGUGCAGGCAAGCAACGAAAGUGAGGGCUGGCAGCUGCCCCUGCCAGAGUCAUCAUGGGGUCUCUUUCUUCAUAGGCAAACUGGCUGGUUAUUUUUCCUCCUGACUGAGUCAUUUCUGGAGCACUUCCACUUGUGCCAUUGGCUUCCUGGAAAUAAAGGGUGCACUGGCUGGUCUGUGUCUAUUACCAAAGCCAUUGGGUCCGUGUCACUAAAGGUGAAGGGCAGCAUCAGAUAUUGGAAUAAACAUAUUGGUGGCCAGUGGUUUAAAUCCAAAAUGAACACUUCCACUAUGUGGAAAACCUUUUGGCCUUCACUCCAUCCCUGCUUUUGGAUGAAGAGAUGGGCCCAGUGAAUUCUUCAUAACUUCUCUUCAAAUUUUGGGGACUUUUUAUUUUGUUUUUUGACUACCUAAUGCUAUUUUUCUUGGGCUGUAACGCUGACAUGGAUACACACAGUAAGGAAUAGUCAUGGACAGUUAUCUGCCUGUCUGGACUGACUAAUAAGGCACAUAGGACUUCUCUUCAAUGGAGAAGAUCAAUCUGCCUCUUUCUAACAAAGAGACCGAAAAUGGAUUUAUGCAUAUUUUCUGCUAAAUUGUCUCAAGCACACAUUUCUACAGCAAUAUUUCACUUGUAAUGCAACUAUAGCAAAUUGUUGUUAAACUUGUUAAUGUAGACAUAACCAUGUAUAUUUUGUGAGAUGACAAAGUAUUUGAAGGGCCAGAAUGAAACAUCUUAACUGUUGGACCAGAUUCCAACAGUUUGAAUUGAAAAUUCAGUUGAAAAUUACAGAGUUUUGCUAGUAUUAAUUUUCUCAGUAGAUUCUUUUCCUUCCAUCAAGUCACUAUUUUGCAUUUAUCCUAACCUAUGCUGAAUCAGUACUUUUGAGAAAGAAAACAAUAUUGUGUUUAACUUAUUAAAACACAGUAGCAGAAAGCAAGCAAAAUACUGCAUUUUAUUACUGAGAUGAAUGCAAACAGUAACUGAAAUCAGUUUCUAAUAAGCAAAGUUGUAUCUAUGUAGGAAAAAUGUAAUGUGUGAAGUAACUCAGUCAUCCUGAUUUCAUUCAGUGUUUCAUGUGAGGUUUUAGUAUGUUCCAAAUGUGGACUGUUAGAUUCCAAAGUUGGUUGGGCAAUGCUGGCACCCAUGACCCAUUGCAUAUCUUGGAGCUUUACAUUUGUAAUAGUUGUUGUAGCUACAGGAAUCUAGUGUUUUGAGGACUAUUUUACUCUGACAUGGCCAUCAAAAGGGUUAAAGAAAUUGUUUUCCUCGAGCUGUGGAUUCAGGGCCAACUCAAGGGUUCAGUGGCACAGUUCUCUAUUAUGUGAGGCUGGCUGUUUUAAGAAGCUUUGGGGGACUGAUCUCAGCUAGUGCUCACCAAUCUGUUUAUGGAGAUUGGCACGGGUAGGAGGGAUUGGAUAGGUAUUUUAGCCUUAUAUAUAUAUAUAUUUUCUUCCUUGGUGUUACACAGUGGCAGAUCUGCAGUUGGAAAAGCACAACAGAGAAGGCCAAGCCUGGAGGCUGCUGUUGCCAUACCUUAUUCUACUACUUAAUCUAUGGUUUACCAAAGCUCAUUUUGGACAAGGUACAAGAAAGAGAAAGAUUAGGAUGAGUGCAGCAUGAUAUACAUACAUUUAUGGGCUAGGGUGGCUGCCUUUUGAAAAACUACAAACCUAACAUCAGGUUCCUAUGAUCAGAAAUUAGGAAUCGUUCAGCAACCAUGUGAGGAAAAAUGUGAAAAAAAGUCCUAUGGAAGGAUGGUCUCCUUACCAAUUUGUGAUGAAGAAAUUAUAUAUGCUGCAGGAGGGGGUUUGUCUCCUCUGGUUAGUUUAUACAUAAAAGAAAGAAUAGAGUUGACCUUGUAAUGGCUCAUACUAUUUAAUUUUUUCUUGUAUAAAUGAAAACAAAAUGGAAGAAAUGUUAUAACUAUAAUGUAAUUAUU